UUUUUUUUUUCCCUUCUUUUUCUCUGUCCUUCCCUCUCUCUUCGCCUCAUCGUCUUCCUCCUCUUGUUUCGCGAGAAAAAAAGAAAAUAAAAAUAAAGGCGAGGAGGUCUCGCGAGCUACCAAACCCUAGGGCUCGAUUCGGUGGCGGUGGGGAGGGGGCUGGAUCGGCGGGAUCGCGCGGGCGGCGGCGGCGGCGGGGAGGGGAUGACGAUACCGAGCGCCGAGGGGUUCCUCCACGCCGCGAGCUGCCUCCCGUGCACGGCGGAGGAGGAGCGGGACCUCGUCGUCGCGCUCACCAGGGAGGCCGAGGAGAAUGUCAAGGACGGCGAUCUCCGCUACCUCGUCUCCCACAGCUGGUGGCUUAACUGGCAAAGCUAUGUGGGCUUAAUCAAACCUGAUGAGAAUGAUGCUGACAUGCUUCCUCAAGCUCCAAGUAGACCAGGAGAGAUAGAUAACUCAAAGCUAGUUUCAGAGGAAAGCAGCAGUAUUGGUGAUGAGCCAGAGCUUCAAAGAACCCUGAGGGAAGGAGAUGACUACGCUUUGGUGCCCCAGGAAGUAUGGAGGAAGCUACAUGAAUGGUACAAAGGUGGACCAGAACUCUCAAGAAGAGUAAUUUGUAGUAGUCCAACUUCCAGAAGUUACAUUGUGGAUGUCUAUCCCCUCCGUCUGAAAUUAUUUGAUGGAAGAGACAGCUUGGAGAGAAUUAUCAGAAUUAGUAGAAAGGCCAAAGUUAGUGAGCUCUAUAGCUUGGUUUGCUCACUUUUGUCCGUCGAACAGUCUAAGAUCGACAUCUGGGAUUUUUACCAAAAGACAAAGGGAAAAAAACUGAUAAAUCUUAAUGAGACGGUUGAGGAAGCUCAACUGAUGAUGGACCAGGAGAUUAUCAUAGAGGCAAAGGCAGAUGAUGCUUGGUGUUCGGAUCUUGGUACAAGAUCAAAUAAUGAACUAGCAUUAAUUCCGUUGGAACCCUCAACAUCAUCGUUUUCAAUUGCUGGAGGUCCUGCAUUUUCAAAUGGUUUUUCAUCUGGAUUUGGUUCCAGUUUUUCCCAAGAUAAUAGCUUUAGUCCUUUAUUAAGGGACGCAGAAGAUGGUUAUAGUUUCUCCAAUGGCACAAAGGAUGAUAUCCAUGGACUGAGUGGUUUACAUAACUUGGGAAAUACAUGUUUCAUGAACAGUGCUAUACAAUCCUUGGUGCAUACACCUCCAUUGGUGGAGUACUUUUUACAGGAUUACAGUCGGGAGAUAAAUACAGAAAAUCCACUUGGGCUACAGGGUGAACUUGCAACAGCAUUUGGAGAAUUACUGAGAAAACUUUGGUCAGCUGGUCGAACUUCUAUAGCUCCACGUCCAUUCAAGACAAAACUUUCUCGUUUUGCUCCACAGUUCAGUGGAUACAAUCAACAUGAUUCUCAGGAGUUACUUGCAUUUCUAUUGGAUGGUCUGCAUGAAGAUCUCAACCGUGUGAAAAAGAAACCAUAUAUUGAAGCAAAGGAUGCCGAUGGCCGUCCUGAUGAAGAACUUGCUGAGGAAUGCUGGAAUUACCAUAAAGCUCGAAAUGAUUCUAUAAUUGUUGAUAAAUUCCAGGGUCAGUACAAGUCCACUUUGGUUUGCCCAGAUUGUAAGAAAAUCUCAGUUACAUUUGACCCAUUCAUGUACUUGUCACUGCCAUUGCCCUCAACAGUUACUCGCAUGAUUAAUGUAACUGUAUUUAGUGGUACUGGAGAUGCCCUUCCCAUGCCUUACACUGUGAAGGUACAAAAGAAUGGAGUUUGUGGAGAUCUUAUAAAAUCUCUGAGUGUUAUGUGUUGCUUACAAAGUUGCGAAACACUGUUACUUGCAGAGGUAUAUGAUCAUCGGAUUUACCGCUAUUGGAACCCAUCAGAACCACUUUGUCAUGUAAAAGAUGAAGACAAACUUGUUGCUUACAGGCUACCGGUUGGCUCUGAAAAUCUCUUGAGGGUAGAGAUCCUGCAUCGGGUGGUUGAUAGAUAUACUUCAGAGUCCAUGUUUAAUCUUAGUCGGAAGCUAAUUGGAAGCCCUCUUGUGACUUGUAUUCCAAGUGACUCUACAAGAAAAGCUGAUAUUUAUGCAACUGUCUCUUCACUUCUGGCUCCAUUUGUGCGGGCAAAAGUACAUACUCUGGAUGAAUCUGCAACCAAGUUAAAUAGCAAUGGACCUAGCCUGGAUGGUAUUGUACUGACAGACAAUGGUGUCACCUGUGAGGAAGAUGUAUCUACAUCAAAUGUGGAUGAGGAAGCAGCUGAUGAAGAGGUUUUGCCAUUUCAGCUUUGGUUGACUGAUGAUAAAGCUAAUAAGAGAGAGCAUAUUGAUGCAGAUUCUAACGGUGUUCCUGGGUCGACCAUGAGGUUAUUAAUGGACUGGUCUGAUAGAGAACAUGAAGUAUAUGACAUUAAGUACAUGGAUGAACUUUCUGUGGUCUUCAAGCCUGGAUUUAUGUCAAAGAAAAAUCGGCAAGAAGCAGUCAAUUUAUUUUCAUGCUUAGAUGCUUUUCUGAAGGAUGAACCUCUGGGCCCUGAUGACAUGUGGUACUGUCCGAGAUGCACGGAGCACAAGCAAGCCAGCAAAAAGCUUGACUUAUGGAGGUUGCCUGAGAUAUUGGUAGUUCACUUAAAAAGGUUCUCAUACAGCCGGUUUAUGAAGAACAAGCUUGAUACCUUUGUCAACUUUCCAAUCCAUGAUCUUGAUAUGAGUAGAUAUGCAAAUCACUCAAGAGGUGAUCAGCCCCCCAUUUAUGAACUCUAUGCAGUGAUCAAUCAUUACGGCGGAAUGGGUGGUGGUCACUACUCUGCGUAUGCAAAGUUAGUAGAAGAGGACAGUUGGUAUCAUUUUGAUGAUAGCCACGUUUCAUCUGUUGGCGAAGAGGACAUCAGGACAUCCUCAGCUUAUCUCCUGUUCUAUCGGCGAGUUGGUAGCAGCUCCUGCAGUGUGUCUAAAAAUGUUGCAGUGGACACUGAUAUGGUUGAUUCGCUGGACACAUAGAUUUGAAGGCGAGAAUUCAGUAUGGCAUAGUUUUCUGGGCAAUACAUAUGCUGCUGAGAAGAUUGCUAGGACUCUUAUUUGCUGGUUUUGGGCACUGAGUAUUGGUUUAUGGUAGGUCCAUCCAACCGUGGAGGUUUUGAGGGUGCAGCAUCUCGUUAGCAUCAUCUUCCAAUAUGUUACAACCAUUCUCAUGCAGAUUAGGGCUUCCAAUAUCUCCUGUCUUGCCCUUUUAGCGAAUCGUUGAAAUGUUGCCGGCUAUAUGUUUACUAAAACUUCCUUUGCCGAUAUGCUGAUGUACAGCAGCAGGUCUUGUUAAUUUACGUGAUCUUAUUGUUGUGGUUGGAUGGGUGGUGGAAAAUUGGUACUGCAACUAGCUGCGUCAGAACCAGAGAAAAAGCCAAUGUACUGCAUUUUUGCUUGCUGAGCUACAUCUACUCAUGUUCUUAUUUUACUGGAAUCAUAUCUGCUACAUACUAUAGGUCUUGACGAUAUAUUGAUUUUCUAAUACACUAUUCGAUUCAUAACCAAUAUACUAUGCUGUGGCCAUGUA